CACCUGCAGGACGCAGGCAAGAAGCGGAGAUCUAACUCCUCUCCCAGCGUCAGUAGACAGGUCCACCCAACUACCUGCGUAUUUUACAAAGCGGUUAAUUAUGGAUCUCAGGUGAGAGCCUAAACCAGAAGUCAACAAUGUCAUCGCCCCGUAAGCCCACAGCACUGGGACAAGGUGGUGGGAGUGUUGCCAUGGAGACGUCAAACUUUGCCCAUGUGAUAUUUCAGAAUGUAGGGAAGAGUUUCCUCCCCCAGGCACCGUUAGAGUGUCAUUACACGCUGACCCCCUGCAUUACCCCACACCCCAAAGACUGGGUCGGCAUCUUCAAGGUUGGUUGGAACAGUGCCAGAGACUACUACACAUUCCUGUGGUCUCCUAUGCCUGAGAACUACAGUCCAGGGUCCUCCGUUCACAUGAGCCUCGUUUUCCAGGGUUACUAUGUGCCCCGCAGUGAUGGAGAAUUCUAUCAGUUUUGUUACGUCACACACACAGGAGAGAUCAGAGGCGCCAGUACACCGUUCCAAUUCCGACUGGCCACGCCCACUGGGGAGGAGCUACUCACCGUGGAGGAUGAUGGGAAUUCCGACAUAUUGGUGGUGACGACUAAGACUGGAUUACUGGAGCAGAGGGUGGAGGAGGUCCAGCAGGAGUGCAGGGAACUGCAGAGAGCUCUACGUCUCCUCACGCAGGAGAGAGACCAGCUGCAGGAGGAGCAGAGACAGCACUGUCAGGAGCUGCAGCGGCAGUGCUGUGUGGAGAAGGAGGCGGCUCAGGCCAGAGUGAGACAGCUAGAACAGGACCUCUUGGAGGUCACACAGAAAGCCAUGCUCAAGGAGACGGAACUGGACUGUUUGAGAGACAGGCUGCAGAAAGUGGUCACUGAAAGAGACAGUCUGGAAUCCCAGAUGAAAACAGAGAGAGAGGAAAAGGAACUUUAUAAAACCCACGUGCGCAGUGCGGAGCUGGAGAACACUAAGCUGAGUGCAGAAUUACAGAUGCUGAAGGCAGUGGAGCUGAACAGGGAGGUCACUAUCGCUCAGUACCAGGAGGAGCUACAUCGACUCCGCACAGAGAGAGACGCCCACACACACUCAGUAGACACGGCUUUGAAGGAACAGUUGCGACAGACAGAGGAGCAGCUGCAGGCGUCACGGCAACAGGCUGUUAUGUUGGGGGCGGAGCUUCGCGAUGCAGCGAGUGGACGAGACCGAACCAUGGCUGAACUUUACAAUGCUCGUGUCGAGGCUGACGCCCUCCGGGCCAGCCUAGCCACCGCCCAGGCUGAAUGCCGAAACACUCAGAGUCAGCUUGAGAAGAUGAGGAGCGAAGCGCUUCCGGAGAACAGGGUGAGUGGGGGAGUGGGUGUGGUCUCUGAGCUGGAGGCGGAGCUACAGAAAGAAGUGGAUGAAUUAAAACUAAGGCUGCAAAUGGCAGCUGAGCAUUAUAAAGAAAAAUACAGAGAGUGUCAGAGACUGCGCAGACAGGUCACUAAAUUAACACAACAACAACAACAGCAACAACAACAACAACAACUACAACAGUCUGAGGAGGGGAGGCGUCUGCGAUUGACAGGAGGGGAGGGACCUGUGAUUGACAAGAGGGGAGGGGUCCGUGGAUGCAUGCAGUCCCACAGAAAUGACGCCUCUACAGAAACGACCCAGGAUACACAGACUCCACAUGCUCAGGAGUCUACAGCAGAGAGUGUGGAGAGAGAGAGGGAUGGAGAGUACGUGGAGCAGAAGGAGGAGGGAGGAGAUAAGAAAGAAGAGAAUGUGGCUUUGGAGGACGAAGAGGAGGAAGAUGAGGAGGGCAGUGUGUCUAUAGAGGCGGAGCUAGCUCAAAUGGAGGAGAAAUGGAGAGAACAGUGCACCAUCAAUGAACACCUCAAACUCCUAUUGGCCAGUGAGGAGCAACGCUUUAAGACUCAGUUGGCAGAAAAAGACAAAGACGCGACAUCUCUGUCUGAGAGCCUGGCUGAAGUGACCAGAGAGAAGGAGCGUCUGGAGGAGGAGCUGCUGCUGCUGUGUGCAGGAGGCCGGAGAGAGGAAGGGUCAGGGGGUCAGACUGCAGAGGGCAGGGGGGCAGUGGUGUUGCGUUACCCGCUGCCGUAUCCACAGGAUCCGCCCCCCCCUCCACUGGUCCCACACAGGCCUGCAGAGCUGCAGUAUGGGAAUCCCUACUCCAGCCAACAGACCAGAGAUGGUGCAGAUGGGGCGCUGUCUCCAGAACAGGGCUGCCGGCCCCCUGCUGUGGCUCCGCCCCCUUGGGAGGGGCCUGUUGUCUGCAAUCAGCCAUCACGCAGCCUUAGUCCUCCUGAUGGCCUGGAGAACCCUACUGAGGAACGACCCAGUGGAGGAGACGGAGAAGCACCGGCAGCGUGCAGCAGUCAUAGUCCCUCAUCUGUGGAGAAUGGAAGUAGCUUUUGUUUUGACUCUAGGGAUGAUGUUCAUAAACGCUGUCCACUGUGUGAGGUGAUUUUCCCACCGCACUUCGAACAGCGGAGUUUUGAACAGCAUGUGGAGUCUCACUGGAAAGUCUGUCCUGUCUGCAGUGAGCAGUUUCCUCUCAACUGCCAGCAGCACCUGUACGAAAAACACGUCCUCACACACUUCGAUGGCAACGUGCUCAACUUCGACGACUUUGACUAGGCACCGGCGUCUCUGGAGGAGGGGCCGAGUUUGUGUGCGCGCGCGUGUGUGUGUGUGUGUCGUAAUGUCAUGAUGUUAAAACUCCAUGCAGUGGGUGAUAGUGUAACAAUAAAAGCUCAACUCCUCUAUCUUGAGUUACUGAAAAUCACACUGGACACAUGUCAAUCACCCAGUUAUUAGUGUAUAGUAUAGUGUCCCUUCCCCUGGUGUUGACAGAUGUGCUGCUGUAUCUGAUUGGAUGAGUUGAAACACACUUGUGUUGAGCUGCAGCCCCUGUGCUGUAUGGAACAGGGCGAUUCUUCUCCAGAAUGAUUCUGUUCUGUAUGUAACUGAAACAAUGAGGGGAGGCUGAUCUUAAUGUCUGAUUAGCCACACUAGCAGUGUCUCACUGUUUUAUUUCUUUUUGUGUUCUGUGUUUUACCUGUCCUGAAAAGGGAGAGUGUUUGAGGCAUAUGUUCUGUGUUUUACCUGUCCUGAAAAGGGAGAGUGUUUGAGGCAUAUGUUGAAAGCUAAUUCAAUCUUCAAAGGUUCUAGACCAACACGGCUCUGCUGAGGUAAAUAACCCAGAGAACACUGGCCCAGAGAGUCAGUUUCAUCCAUCGGGUCAGAACCUGCUCUGGACCAAAGUGAGCACAUCGGCCAUUUUCCCCCACGCGUCACGCGUACGUCUGAGUGUGCCGCUUGAACGCGUAAAGACAGACGCAUAUUUAAUACUCGUAGACAAAUAACUAAACAAGUAAACAUAGUCAUAACUGUGUGUUAAAACCGCUUUCAGCAUGUCAUACACCCAAUGCACACUUAACAUACAAUCAACACGCACUUAACAUGAGCUCCUGCUUACACUAACUCAACGCACACCCCGCAGCUCACCCAAAACGUUCUCUGUCUACACACACUGAACACACACUCAACUUAUUCUGCUAACACACUGUCAGCCUAUCACCAUAUUCAAUGUGAAGUGUCUUUUAUUCAACCCGUCUGAUGUCUUACUGCUGUUCAAACCUGAAGUAUGGGUUACGGAUAUGUUUGUGUGUAAAU